AUGGCGACGACAGAAGAGAUGGUCGCCGGCGACGGAUGGAUAUCUGACGAUUCGAGCUUUUACGGCGAUGAAGAUGAACAGGAACACCAGGAGUCGCUCAGCAACCAAGCCACACCAAAAGCAUGCUGGUCAUCUCACAGUAAGGACUUGAAUGCUAUCGUGUCGCCUGCAAAGCUGCAAGCUCGCAAAGAAGCUGCCUCUGAUGUCGACGCCACACCAACCAAGAAGGCCAUGCCGCUUACCACCUCAACACGUGCUAACAAGCUUCCCGGUUCCUCAGGCCUUGACAGGAAAGCUAUGGAGGACGAGCGACUUGCUAGGCUAGCCAAAAGCAAGCGCAAACGCGAUACUUCACCAGAAGCACCACCUCGCCGCGAUUUAUUCAAUCCCAUGGAAGGGCAACCCUUCUCAUGGCAGCUGGGUGAGACAGCGGAUGCAUUUGUCAAGCGAGUCCCACCAUUCAGCACAUCUGCGCUCACUUGCGAAUGGAUCUGGGCAGUAAAUCCCCAUCGUGACCUGCGUGACAAGUCUGCGAGCCCUCGAGGUGCUGCAUUCAAGGACCGCGGGACAAAGCUGCUUGCAGACUCACUGCAGAGGCGGAAUGAAAUCCAAGAAAAGGGACGUCUUGGUCCAAGGAGUACAGUCACGCGAGCCUGGAAUCAGGAAACUAGGGCUUUACAGCAGAGUCUGACCAAGCUCGCUGUUGAGACCGGCGUUCUUUCUGGAAAGUGGAUGUUAUUCCCAAAGGCCGAAGAAGUCACACAUACAUGGAAGACUGUCGUCGAAGCUGUCAUAACUGAUCGUCUCGGUCCAACGGCCAAGGUAGCUCCUGAUGAUGGCAAGGAUGAGCGACUGAUUUGCGUCUACACCAAAGACUUCAGGGACGAGGAUGACGUACUACGCGUACUCCAAGAGCUCGAAGACUUGGAUCUCCUCCAGCACGGUCGAGGUAUCUACUACAAGUCAGACGCCUUCACACAUCUGGACCUGUACUCCGCGACUGCUAAUAAAUACGGUCUGCAAGCCAGUCUUUACACUAGUCAGAAGAUGCUGGCUGCCGCUCAGGCGGCCCAGCUGUCCAUGUCACAAAACACGGCCUCGCAGCAGGAGCGAAAAGUCCUAAAGUGCUUCUACUAA